ACAUUACAUUACAUUAAUUACACUGUCUCUUACUCACUCCUCCUCUCUCUGUCUGAAUAUCUGUCUGUUUGAGCGCAAGAAAUUUACUCACCCAGAAAGCGAAAUCAGACACUCUAUCUAUCUCUAUAAGUAAAGAAAAAAAAUGCAGCAGCACCUGAUGCAGAUGCAGCCCAUGAUGGCCGCUUAUUAUCCUAACAACGUCACCACUGAUCAUAUUCAACAGUAUCUGGAUGAAAACAAAUCAUUGAUUUUAAAGAUUGUUGAAAGCCAGAAUUCGGGGAAAAUCAGUGAAUGCGCAGAGAACCAGGCUAGGUUACAAAGAAACCUUAUGUACCUGGCUGCAAUUGCCGAUUCUCAACCCCAACCUCCUACCAUGCAUUCUCAGUUUUCUUCUAGUGGCAUUAUGCAGCCAGGAGCACACUAUAUGCAGCACCAACAAGCUCAGCAGAUGACACCACAAUCUCUUAUGGCAGCAAGAUCCUCUAUGAUGUACACUCAACAGCAAUUUGCAGCACUACAGCAACAACAGGCCUUGCACAGCCAGCUCGGAAUGAGCUCUGGUGGAAGUUCAGGGCUCCACAUGCUGCAAAGUGAGGCCAGCACUGCAGGAGGCAGCGGCGGAGGAGCUCUCGGGAUAGGGUCCGGGUUUCCUGAUUUCAGCCGCGAUGCUAGCGGCAGAAUUGGUGGUGGAAGCAAGCAAGAUAUGGGGAGUGCAGGAUCCGGUGAGGGACGAGGUGGCAGCUCUGGAGGCCAAGGCAGCGACGGUGGCGAAACUCUUUACUUAAAAUCAAAUGAUGAUGGGAAUUAAAGAUCAGAGUUCGACAAAUUAUGAUUUGGUAACUACCCUAGAAUUUAGUCAGGAAGUUAAUUUAGAGAGAAGAAGAAAAAAGAAAACGGAAAUCAGGAACUUGCUUGCGUAGAAAGCUAUGUUGUUUUGAAGUGGUUAGACUUGUGAAUGCUAUGCUAGUGUAUCAUAGGUUACAUUUUGAUCUA